UUGUUUCUUAGACCAACGGUCGAUCAUGCGGGGUGUUGUGCAACGAUGUUCAUUACGAAAUCUUUACAACAAUUAUCGACAAACUUGUGUAACAGGAUUCGAUCGGAGACGUUCACUAACAACGAAACCACACCAUUGGGAAAAAUUGGUGACGAAACCUGAGCAAAAACACGACUGGAACCGUGCGGUCAGCGAAGCUGAAAAGAUUGUGGGCUAUCCGACGCCUUUCCUAACUGUACGACAGUUACUUAGCGAUGAUUUUGCGAACGUUGCCUUACAUUUGCGAAAAUUGGUCGGAAGUAAUGACCCACUGUUGAAGACUGCUAAAAAAGCAGCCACAGAGAUUGUGUCGAUAAGCGAUAACCAGAGACAAUUUCUCUAUAAUGGAAAAAACAAUAUGCUGGCAUGGGGUCUGAUCGUAUUGUUGGUAUCAAAGGCGGCCGGACCUUCUGCCCACAUACCGGACACGGAGCAAAACAAAAGUGCUGGCGUUUUACACUCACAGCGUGCAUUGGCCGAGGUCACCGAGAUGAUUCGCAUAUCGCAUUUGGUCCAUCAAGGAUUGGUGAACUUACAACCAUUGACACGGGCUGGCCAUGAUAUGUCCAUGCACAGUGACAUGACGUUCGGAAAUAAAAUUGUUCUAUUGAGCGGCGACUAUUUGCUGGGCAAGUCUUGUGCUGAAUUAGCUGGUUUGAGAAAUCAAGAAUUAGUUGAAUUAAUAUUGUCCGCCGUGCGUGACCUAGCUGAAUCUGAAUUUAUCGGCGAUCGUGACGAACAAAACAAUCCGUUACCAUCGAAGCCAAUACCACACCAAGAGUCACCGCCGGAAGACGUUGAAGAUGACAAUUGGGUGUCGUCUGAUGUGCUGAAACCAAUGCACAAGGCCACUUGCAUGGGCAUACCCGAAAAGGAAUGGGCAUUGCGUCACAUUUUAAGUGCUGGCAGUCUUCUCGGCAAAAGUUGUCAGGGUGCACUGAAACUGGCUGGCCACCCCGAAGCAAUGCAGCGGAGUGGAUAUCUAUUCGGAAAGCACUUGUCGUUGGCAUGGCAAGCGUGUCUGGAUUUGGAACCGUUCCAAAGUAAUACACUGCCAUUGAAUGCUACAUUUAGCUUGGUAUCGGCUCCCGUUCUAUUCCACUUGGACUAUGAUCCGUCAUUGUACUCGGAAAUACAGAAAGGUUACGUUUCCAUCGAAAACGUCGACUACGAGAAAAUUCACAGCGAAGUGGUCAAAGGUCCGGGAUUAGAAAAAACGAAAAAUCUUCAACGAAAACACAGUUCGGCCGCAAUGAAAAAGCUAAUUCUAUCUCAACCCUCCGAUGCCCGUACUGCCUUACAAAACAUCAUCUUUGCCAUGCAGGACUUUUGAAAUUGGUGCCGGAUAUGUGUGAGCAAUGAAAUGUUUUUAAAUUCGAAAACAAUUUAAAUUCCGUCCAAGAAUUUUGUUUUUAUUGGGUAGUUCACAUUCAAAUA